AUGCCCAUCGUCCAUAAGCUGAAAGAGGCGCUGAAGCCUGGCCGCAAGGACUCCACCGAUGAUGGCGAGCUGGGCAGGCUGCUGGCCGCCUCUGCCAAGAAGGUCCUGCUCCAGAAGAUGGAGUUUGAGCCGGCCAGCAAGAGCUUCUCCUACCAGCUGGAGUCUCUGAAGAGCAAAUAUGUGUUGUUGAAUCCCAAAACCGACGGAGCCAGUCGGCCUAAGAACAGCAGUGAAGCUCAGAUCAGGAGAUAUGGUGGCGAGCAUGCGUACAACAGCUGCACAGAUGGGGUCCCCGCUCCGCAGAAAGUUCUCUUCCCCACCGAGCGCUUGUCUCUGAAGUGGGAGCGUGUAUACCGCGUGGGAGCAGGACUACACAACCUGGGCAACACCUGCUUCCUGAACUCCACUCUUCAGUGUCUCACCUACACGCCGCCGCUCGCCAACUACCUGCUGUCCAAGGAGCACGCUCGGAACUGUCACCAGGGGAGCUUCUGUAUGCUGUGCGUCCUGCAGAACCACAUCGUCCAGGCCUUCGCCAACAGCGGCAACGCCAUCAAGCCAGUCUCCUUCAUCCGCGAUCUGAAAAAAAUUGCCCGGCAUUUCCGUUUUGGGAAUCAGGAGGACGCCCAUGAGUUUCUCCGCUACACCAUCGAUGCCAUGCAGAAGGCCUGCCUGAACGGCUGUGCCAAGUUGGACCGUCAGACGCAGGCCACCACUUUGGUCCACCAGAUCUUCGGGGGCUACCUCCGAUCCCGUGUCAAGUGUUCCGUUUGCAAGAGCGUCUCAGACACCUACGACCCCUACCUGGACAUCGCACUGGAGAUCCGGCAAGCUGCCAACAUUGUGCGAGCGCUGGAGCUCUUUGUGAAGCCCGACGUCCUGAGCGGAGAGAAUGCCUACAUGUGCUCCAGAUGCAAGAAGAAAGUUCCAGCCAGCAAGCGCUUCUCCAUCCACCGAGCGUCCAGUGUCCUGACCCUGUCCCUCAAGCGUUUUGCCAACUUCAGCGGGGGUAAGAUCACCAAGGACGUGGGUUAUCCAGAGUUCCUCAACAUCCGCCCAUACAUGUCACAGAGCAGCGGUGACCCCGUCAUGUAUGGACUCUACGCCGUGCUGGUCCACUCGGGCUACAGCUGCCACGCUGGGCACUACUACUGCUACGUGAAGGCAAGCAGUGGGCAGUGGUACCAGAUGAACGACUCCCUGGUCCACUCCAGCAACAUCAAGGUGGUCCUGAACCAGCAAGCCUACGUGCUCUUCUACCUACGGAUUCCCAAUUCCAAGAAGAGCCCGGAAGCCUCCAUCUCCAGGUCGACCCCCAUUGUCCCCAGCCGCCCAGACCACCUCAAGAAGAGCAUCAGCAACGGGGUGGCUUCUUCCCCACUGACCAGCAAGCGACAGGACCCUUUGACAGUGAAGAAGCCACACACCCCGGAGGAGCUCGGCGUGCCCAUUCCCCGGAACGGCUCCCUAGCUGGCCUCAGACCUCAGAAUGGAAAUGUCUCUCCAAAGCCACCCAUGGGAACCCCGUCCCCCAAACUGUCCAAAACACCAGUGCACAUGCCGACCAUUCUAGAUGAGCCUGGAAAGAAGGCCAAGAAAUGCACCCCUCUGCCACACUCCUCCCUGUCCCCCAAAACCUCUCAGGGGCCCCACGGUGUCGGCCACUGGAGCAGCAGCAGAUCUGAGGGCCGGCGGCUGGGCAGCUUUGACAGCCGGGCCACUGUCCUCUCUACCUCACCAAAGCUCCUGGCCGAAGUGAUCGUCAACGGGCAGGCACCAAAGGGGCGCGACCAGAGCCCGGAGCUCUCGGAACAGGACUCCAGCGGCUCCAGCCCAGAGCACUCUGCCGGGAGCACCACUACCAAGACGCCCCAGGCCCCCAAGAGUGGAGCCGCCUGCGUCUGUGAUCCUCAGGAAACAAACUCGUGCGCCGGCGGCUCCCCCAAAGUGCUGCCAAGUGGAGACUCUCCAAAGGUGGGGAAGCCGAAGCCCCCCGUCCUGAGCAACGCCUCCUUGGAGCCCGCAAGCACCAUGUCGCCCCCCCCUGCCAAAAAGCUGGCCCUAUCUGCUGCCAAGAAGGCUCACCCCCUGCGGAGGGCGACCAGCACUGACCUCCGUCCACCUCCCCUCCCACCGUCCUCCGACCUCACCCGCCCCCUGAAAGCCACUGGGCCUGCUGGUCAGACCAGACGGGGGCCCUUUCGGGAUGAGGUGGACAGUGUUGUGACCCGCUCACAGAGCACUAGUGGGGGGCUCAGGGCACUGGCCUCACACGGCUCUAUCUCCCCAUCAGUGGGUACCUCGGGGGUGCAGAGACCCGCCCGGCGCCCUGACCUCCCUGACUUUAUCUUCAUGUGCACCUCCCCACCCCCAGAUUCCUCGUCGACUGUCCAACCUGUUCCCACGCCAUCCAGCCAUCCACGACCUCCCCUCAGCUUCCUCUCCAUGUGUCCUUCAUUGCCCGCUAGCUCUCAGCCUCUCGGGAAGGCAGAACCACGGAACUGCUCCUCCUCCCCGGCUCCCCAGCCUCAGGUGAAUGGGUCCCCCGCACCAUCUCCAAACCUGCUGCAGGAAGCCAUCGACGGCCCCCAGGGGAUCCCUAGAAAGAGGAAGAAGCACCGCUUGGCAGAGAAGAGGGAACCGAGUUCAGAGAUGCGCGCCUCACAGCACAAUGGGGAUGCAGCCUUGCUUCCUCGUAUCAAGAAGCGGAAGAAGAGGAGGCACACAGACAGUGACGGCCUGUCCUCUCUGCGGGGCGUGCCGCUGGAGGUGCAGGGCCCAUCCCCAAAGCGAGGCCGCGUGGAGCUGCCUUCCGACAGACUAGAACAGGGAGUGGGACAGCAGUCUGUGAACGGCUGGCCAGUCGGACUCGGGACGGAGGCCCACCAUGUCGGCAGCAAGAAGCAGAAGCGAGUGGAGGGCUUCCGUGGAGGAGGUGGUGACAGACACAGCUGCUGCUUGUCCUCGGAUAACGCUCAGCCAGAGACAGCUGCAGAAUGUCCGAGGAAGAGGAAGAAGAAGAAGAGGAAGCGAGAGGCCCAGCAGGUAGUGGAUGGGACAGAACAUCAGGAAGGCCAGACGAGCAAAGGGCAGCGGGCCUCUCCACUCCCCGACCUGAACAGUCACUCACCGCUGCUGAAUGGUCCUCCUGGAGGGACCCCUGAGACCCUUGAGUGUGAGUUGUUGGGUUCACUCCGUGUGCUGUGCAUCACAGCCUCACCAGUACCAGGGGACACCCAGGCAGGACAGCCACACGUCUCCCCGGUGCCCUGGAACACAGAAGGAGUGCCCGAUGUGCUUCAGGAGCUUCUCAAACACUCGUCCGAUAAAGCUUAUGGGAGAAAAGUUUUGACAUGGGACGGUGAGAUGUCGGCUGUCAGUCGGGAUGCCAUUGAAGACAGCAGACUGGCCCGGACUGAGACGUUGAUUGAUGACUGGGAUGAAGAGUUCGAUCGAGGGAAGGAAAAGAAAAUUAAAAAAUUCAGGAGAGAAAAGAGGAGAAAUGGCAACGCCUUCCAGAAACUUCAGAGCAGACGGAAUUUCUGGUCUGUGACCCACCCAGCGAAGGCCACCAGCCUCAGCUACCGCCGAUGA